AUGGAAGAAUUUCUUUCAUACAGCGUUGAUGUUAUUUCUGUGUUUUUUUCAUUCAUCUCAGUUUUAUUUUUCCUUAUAACUGUAGUCAUACUGGGAAUUUUCCUUAAAUACCGGGACACCCCCAUAGUGAGAGCCAACAACCGGAGCCUGAGCUUCCUCCUCCUUGUCUCCAUCAAGCUGAGCUUCCUCAGUGUGUUUCUGUUCCUCGGUCGCCCUGUGGAUAUAACCUGCAUGCUGCGCAUCAUCACUUUUGGAAUCACCUUCUCCAUAGCUGUCUCUUCUCUCCUGGCCAAGACUAUCAUGGUUUGUGUUGCUUUCAAAGCCACCAAGCCAGGGAGCUCAUGGAGAAAAUGGCUGGGAGUCAAACUGUCCAAUUCUGUAGUCUUGUUCUGCUCAUCCAUUCAAAUAAUCAUCUGCAUGACUUGGUUGGCCAUUUCUCCUCCCUUUCAGGAACUGGACAUUCACACUUCCCCUGGAACCAUCAUCAUUCAGUGCAAUGAGGGCUCAGCUAUUGGCUUUUACUCAGUUAUUGGGUAUAUGGGGCUUCUGGCAGCUGUUAGUUUUGUUUUAGCAUUUUUAGCUCGGAGCUUACCGGACAGUUUUAAUGAGGCCAAGUACAUCACUUUCAGCAUGCUGCUCUUCUGCAGUGUUUGGAUCACAAUGAUCCCGGCCUAUCUGAGCACCAAAGGCAAAAACACUGUGUGUGUGGAGAUAUUUGCCAUACUCACCUCAAGCGCGGGGCUUUUAGCCUGUAUAUUUCUGCCCAAAUGUUAUAUUAUUUUAUUCAGACCUGAAAUUAAUACAAAAUCCCAUUUACUUGAAAACAAAUAUUGA